ACAAAAGGAACCGACACCUGGGCGCCGACGGCGUCUACCUGGACGACCUCCCCGACAUGGACCCCGAAGUCGCUGCUCUGUAUUUCCCCAAAAACGGCGACGGCGGCCCGACGGCCAAGAACAGCGGCGAGAGCGGGCCGCGCUCGGCCAGCCAGUCGCCGCAGUCGGUGGGCAGCUCAGGCGUGGACAGCGGCGUGGAGAGCACCUCGGACGGCCCCAGGGACCUGCCCUCCAUCGCCAUCUCGCUCUGCGGCGGCCUCAGCGAGAGCAAGGAGGUCACCACGGACGAGUUUCUGGAGCAAGAAGUGACGUAUCAGCAGUUCGUGGACAAUCCGGCCAUCAUCGACGACCCCAACUUGGUGGUGAAGAUCGGGAGUAAAUACUACAACUGGACCACGGCGGCGCCCCUCCUCCUGGCCAUGCAGGCCUUCCAGAAGCCUCUGCCAAAGGCCACGGUGGAGUCCAUCGUGAGGGACAAGAUGCCCCGCAAGGGAGGAAGGUGGUGGUUCUCGUGGAGGGGCCGGAACACUGUCAAAGAGGAAAGCAAACCUGAGCAGUGCUUGGCUGGAAAAGGCCUUGUGAUUGGGGAGCAGCCAGCCAAGCUCAGCAUCGGAACCAGGAUGAAGGAGGAGUCUUCCUCCAGCGACGAGGACGCCCUGGCGGCCAAGCAGUCCAGCUCCGGCCUGCACCCCCUCAUGGCCAACGUGGGCUACAAGAAGACGCUGCGGCUCACCUCCGACCAGCUCCUGACAUCACAGCCCUUUGCAUCCUGCCCAGCUUCCUGGGAGUUGGGUUUCUUCUUUCACAAGUAGGGCCGGCCUGGGAACCCCGCAGACCCUCCCUGCACCCCCUUUCCCAGAUGCACCCGGAGAUUCUGCAAGGUUUGCUCAGAAGGAGGCAGCCUCACUCUCAGGCUCCUCCGUUGGUCUGUGAGGGGAGGCCCAGGCAGGGAAGGCCCCCCUGGGGCAGCGCCCGGGCCCAGGACAGGUCACUCUGAAGCCAGGCCAACAGGGCUCUGUCCUUGCUGCCAGCAUGCCCAUCCCCCCAGGCCCAGCCUGUGUGAGGGGAGGGAGGCUGACCUGGGGCCCCCCCAGAGGAAGGGGCUCCCCAUGUCCAUUCCCUGCACUGUCCCAGCAACCCCUGUGGAGUCCCAUGCAGACUUCCUCCUCUUCCUUCCCCUCCUCCUCCUC